AUGUUCAAGAUUCACGCCAAGAACAACGAAGAAGCCGCUGCGCUUGAAACAGCAGCAGCAGCAGCAGCAGCAGCGGAACGAGCUGCAGCAGCGGCAGCACUAGCGGCAGCAGCAACAGCAGUAGGAGUAGCAGCGGUAGCUGCGGCACUACCAGCGGCAGCAGCAGCAGUAGCAGCUAGUGCACUGGCAGCAACAACAGCAGCAGCAAGGGCACCACCAGCAGUACCAGCAGCAGUAACAGCAGCAGUACGAGGAGUCCCAGCAGCAGCAGUAGCAGCAGCAUCAGCAGCAGCAGUGGUAGCAGCAACAGUAGCAGCAACAGUAGCAGCAACAGCAGUAGCAACAGCAGUAAUAGCUGCAGUAGUUGCAGCAGCAGCUGCAGUAAGAGCAGCAGCAGCGACAGCAGCAGCAGCGACAGCAGCAGCAGCGACAGGGCAUUAUGGAGGGGGAUAG